AAUUUUAAACGGGGUACCUAAUAAUUUCUCUCUUUUGUUUUGCAGACACAGCUGCAACACCACCAACAGAACCCCCUUCCGUUUUCAGGCAUCACCGUCCAAUUAAACCUUUUACCCUAACCCUAGCAUGGCCACCGCCCAACCCCCCGAGAACGGCUCCGCCAAGGCUGCGAAAGCCGACGCACAACCACUCACAUCCGAAAUCACCACCGCCCCAAUUACAGCGCCCGAGUCCGACCCAACAACAACCGAUAACAAUCCGAACCAAAAUCCCGAACCCGUAUCGGACGCCGGGGCUGUCACAACCGCAACGAAUGUCGGCAACGAUGCCACCUCAGUAGCCGAUAAACGAUGGCCGGGUUGGCCCGGGGACUGUGUGUUUCGGCUAAUUGUGCCGGUUCUGAAGGUCGGUAGCAUUAUCGGCCGCAAAGGCGAGCUCAUUAAGAAGAUGUGUGAGGAGACCCGAGCUCGCAUUCGAGUCCUCGACGGCGCCGUUGGAAAUCCUGAUCGCAUCGUGCUGAUCUCUGGAAGGGAAGAGCCAGAGGCACCUCUUUCCCCUGCAAUGGAUGCUGUAAUAAGAAUAUUCAAACGUGUCUCUGGAUUAUCUGAGAGUGAGGGGUCUGGUGGUGCUGGGGUUGCAUUCUGUUCCAUCCGGUUGUUGGUAGCAUCUACCCAAGCAAUUAAUUUAAUUGGAAAACAAGGAUCAUUAAUCAAAUCUAUACAAGAGAGUACCGGAUCGUCUGUGCGAGUAUUGUCUGGAGAGGAGGUUCCAUUCUAUGCUGCCGCAGAUGAGAGGAUUGUUGAAUUGCAGGGAGAAGCUUUAAAAGUUCUCAAAGCUGUAGAAGCAGUAGUGACUCACCUGAGGAAGUUCUUGGUUGAUCAUAGUGUUAUUCCACUUUUUGAGAAGACUUAUGCGACAAUCUCACAAGAGCGCCAACCAGAUACUACCUGGGCUGACAAGUCAUUGCUGCAUACUGCUUCUCAAACUGGAGUUAGCACUAAUUAUUCUCUCUCAGCAAAGAGGGAGUCUUUGUUUCUUGAUCGUGAAACUCAAUUGGAAUCACAACUCCCUUCCGCUGGAAUUUCACUUUAUGGAAAAGAUCCUUCAAUUUAUGGAAAAGAUCCUCCUAUUUAUGGACAAGACACUUCUAUUUACGGACAAGGGUCUAUUUAUGGACAAGAUCUUGGUUCUCUUCGUUCUUCAGGAAUUGGUCGUCCUGGUGCUCCUGUUGUUACUCAGAUUGCACAAACAAUGCAAAUUCCUCUAUCUUAUGCUGAGGACAUUAUUGGGGUUGAAGGGUCGAAUAUUGCAUUCAUUCGUCGUAGUAGUGGAGCCAUUUUAACUGUGCAAGAGAGUAGGGGACUACCUGAUGAAAUUACUGUAGAAAUAAAAGGCACCUCGUCACAGGUUCAGAUGGCUCAACAAUUGAUUCAGGAGGUUAUAAACAGUCGGAAGGAGCCAGUUACAAGUAACUAUGGCGUGAUGGAUACUGGAUUGAGGUCAUCCUACUCUCAGUUAGGUGCUCCAUCAUACCCAUCAUCGUCACUACCCUCACAACCCUAUGGCGGCAGUUAUGGAUCGUCUGGUCUAGGAGGAGGCUACAGCACGUUCAGGCUUUGAAUUAAUUGGUAAGGACUAAUGGUGGGUUUUCUGCUUUUUCCAAAUGAUUAUAAUCAGAGAAAUAUUAAUGUUGGAGGUAGUAUUUAUAAAGUUGCCAGAAGGGGUCAGGGUCCUGUUUUGUUAUCUGAAUCAUCAGAUUUGAUCUGUUGGUAGCUUUCCAGGGUAACUAAGCUUGAAAGGGAUAUAGAAGACUGUAGCGAAAUAGUAGCGGUUUUUGUGUUUCUUUGUGAGUUUGUUCAUUAAUUUGGAAGCUAAACGAGGAUUUUAAUUAUUAUUUUUUGGUUUCCUUUUUUGAGUUUGAUCAAACUUUGGAUUUGUAAUCAUGUUCUUGAAUAUAAGCAUUAUUCUAGGCCA